UCCCAUUCCCCCAUGUCAUCUUCUCUUCUCCCCUCUUACGUCUUGUUGUUGUCCGUCGCCUAGACCGCGCCAGCUCGAGCGACAGAGCAAUCACACCUUUUCAAUCCCUUCCGACCGGCCCCAACCAACUCCCGUACCUCCCGCACCUCCCGCGCCUCUCUCACUCCCUUUUCCCACCCACCACUUCUUCCUCCCCACGCGCGGCCAAAAAUAUCCACCACAAUUGCCCCCCAGGAACACAAGCUCUUUCUUUUUCACCAGUCCACCCAUCGACGCACCGACAGACGGCAACAUGGGUUUCAACCCUGCGCACCGCUCUUGCGCCGUCGCUCGCCCUAAGAGCAUCCUCAAGAGCCAGGCCGAACAAGGACACGAUUGCGGCCAGCACGAGUCGACGUUAAUUAAGAGACGUCGCCCCGCCAGCAACGGGACCAGACUCAUCGUCACCUUCGACGAGGUGGCACGCGACCUAGAAACCGGCGAACACGUGCCCAGAAGUCAAAGAUGCCGCACCGACUACGUGGAUUCCGUUGCGCGACGCAGGAUGUGGGGGUUGCUCGACACCUUUAGACAGAAGGAGCGGGACAACGCCGCCCGCGACCAGAGCGGUGAGUUCUCGGUCGGAGACGCCGGAGACGCCACGCCCGAUGGUGGCUCCUCUAGCUGGGCCAUGGUGUUGUACCAGAAGGACUCCGACGAGGACAGCGAGACCGGUAGCGACGAAGAGCAAGAAAGCGACGAAGAGGAGGAAGGCAAGGACGAGGCUAACCAUCACCCUUUCACCACCACCGAGCCUCGCAACUGGCUAGACAAGAAUCACGACAGCAGUGAGGAGCCCUACCAAGGCGACGAGCUUUCCCUAAACACCGACGACGGUAGUGGAGUUUUCCAAAUGUCUGAGCACGAGCCGGACGCAAUCAUGCCGUAAAGGCGGCGGGGCCGCACCGGCACGGGAGCGUAAGGCUCAUUACGACUAGGCCGAUUUCCCUACACGGAUGACUAUACAGGGACGAGUAGCACGAGUAGCACGAGUAGUAGGUAGGAGAAGAAG